AUGAUCCGCCGCUUGUUGCAGCCGCGCCGGCCGACGCGCUUCUUGCGCUCGUAUGCAUCGUUGCCCGAGCCGUUGAAGCGGCGCGUUCUGGAGACGCCGAUGGAGCCGACGUACGACCCGCUGUUGGAUGCGAUCGCGCGCUGGCAUCGCAUGCGCGGCUUUGACGUGCGCUGGAUCCCGGGUCUCGACCACGCUGGCAUCGCGACGCAGAGCGUCGUCGAGAAGAAGCUCAUGCGCGAGCAGCAGCUCACGCGGCACGACAUUGGCCGCGACGCCUUCUUGGGCCACGUCGAGGCGUGGUACGAGACGUACGGGUCGCGCAUCCUCGGGCAGCUGGACCGGCUCGGCGCCGUCCUCAACCAUGACCACAAGUUCUUUACGCUCGACGGGCCUCGGUCGGCUGCAGUCGUCGACGCCUUUGUCCGCCUCCACGAGAAAGGCCUCAUCUACCGUCACCGGCGCAUGGUCAACUGGUGCCCGACGCUCCAGACCGCCAUUUCGGACAUUGAGGUGGACGCGGUGCCGCUGACGAAGCGCACGCUGCUGCCACUGCCCGGGCGCCAGGCGCCGGUCGAGUUCGGCGUCAUGUACCGCUUCCGCUACCAGGUGGCCGACGCCGACGAUCUCUUUGUCGAAAUCGACACGACGCGCCCGGAAACCAUCCUCGGUGACGUGGCCGUCGCUGUGCACCCGGACGACGACCGGUACACACACCUCCACGGUCGCUCCGUGCUGCACCCGUUUUCGGGUGCGAGGCUCCCGGUGGUCUGUGACGCAGUGCUCGUCAACCCCGAGCUUGGCACUGGCGUCGUCAAGAUCACGCCGGCGCACGACGCCAACGACUUUGCGUGCGCCCAGCGCCACGGUCUGCCCGAGCCGAUCGUGAUCGACCUCGACUGCAAGAUGGUGACCGACAUCCCGUCGCUCUCUGGCUUGGACCGCUUUGACGCGCGGCUCCAAAUGGUCGAGCUCCUCCGCGAGAAAGGUCUCUUCGUCGACACCCUGGACCACCCGACGACGGUCUCCAUUUGCUCGCGCUCGGGCAACGUCAUCGAGCCGUACUUGAUGCCGCAGUGGUUCAUCAAGUGCGAAGACAUGGCGGCGCGCUCGGCCGCGGUACCUCGUUGGUCGUACGUCGCCAAACUCAGCACGACGACCGACGACAAGUGGGUCGUGGCGCGGUCCAUCGACGACGCGACGGCGACGGCGAUGACGCUCUACGACCUUUCGCCGGGGUCGUUUACCCUCGAGCAAGACGAAGACGUUCUCGAUACGUGGUUUAGCUCGGCGCUGCUCCCGCUCUCAUCGCUCGAGUGGCCGACCGACGACCGCGUUCCCGAGUCCAUUCGCCACUUGUAUCCGAUGUCGCUCCUCGAGACGGGCUCGGACAUUCUUUUCUUCUGGGUCGCUCGCAUGAGCAUGCUCUGCACCGAGCUCAGCGGCGGCACGCAGCCCUUCAAGGCCGUGUGGCUGCACCCGAUGGUGCGCGACAAGGCGGGUCGCAAGAUGUCCAAGAGCCUUGGCAACGUCAUCGACCCGCUGCACGUGAUUGGCGGCAUCGACCUCCCGACGCUCCUCGACGGCCUCCACCAAGGCAAUCUGGAUCCGAAGGAGCGCGCGCGGGCCGAGAAGGAGCUCAAGAAGGAGUUUCCGAACGGCCUCCCGAGCUGCGGCACGGACGCCCUCCGGCUCACGCUGGCCUCGUACCUGUCGCAAGGCCGCCAAAUCAACAUGGAUCUCCAGCGCGUCGUGGCGUCGCGGCACUUUUGCAACAAGAUGUGGAACGCGUUGCGGUACGCGCUGCCGCUCGUGCAGACGACGUCGUCGUCUUCGCUCGAGUCGCACGCACCGUCUAUGAGUCUGGCGGACCGCUGGAUCCUCAGCCGCCUGGCGGACGCAGUGACCAAGGUGCACGACGGCUACGGCACGUUCAAGCUUGCUACGAGCGCGAAUGCGGCCCAGCGCUUCUUCAUCCAGGAGCUCUGCGACGUGUACAUUGAAUUCUCCAAGCCCGUUCUGUACCACGAGGAUGCGCACGCCAAGGAGGCCGCCAAGGCGACGCUGACGACUGCGUUGGACACGUCGCUGCGUCUGCUGCAUCCGAUCAUGCCCUUUGUGACCGAAGAGCUCUGGUACGACGACCUAAGAACGCAGCGGCUCCAAGGUGGCAGUGAGCACUCGCUCAUGACGGCCGCGUUCCCCGACCCUGCGCAGUGGGCGCGCUGGGUCGACCGCGACGCCGAAGCAAGCAUGCAGGCGGUACUGGAUGUCAUGCACGCGGUGCGGUCGUUGCGGCACACGCGCAAGACGCUGGCGCCGGAUGCGUCGACCGUCGAGUAA